GUCAUCACACCUUUCAUCACGUAUAUAUACCAUACUCCGUAAUCCUCAUAUAUAUCAUAUAUACUUACCCCUUCAUUUCCACGAAACCAAAAGAGGAGGUCAAUCCUUCAUCAAUCUCCUCGCCAUAGAUACGCUAGAAAAGAUACAGAGAAAAGAGAGAAAACCAUGAGAAAGAUAGAGUAGCUCGCCAGGGCGCCUUAAUUAACCUCGCUGCCGGAGUAGAAGAGUCUGCAGGGGUGACUACGGAUCUGCGGGUCUACCCUACACUACAUCAACAUAAGAACUAAGGUCUCCUGGAGCGUGAGAAACCGCCGCCGCUGGAUGCAACGGGACGCCGGAAUAAAGGGAGGACCCACCGAAGAAGAAACCCAGAUGUUCGCCGGACUGCAACGGGACUGCCGCCGAUCGUCAGGACCGCCGCCGCCUGUCUUUGAAGCCGCUGCCGGGGUCGCCAGUUAAAGAAGCUUUCAGCCCGUCACCACUCCGACUUCAAGUCACUGCAGAGGAAGCAAGGAGAAUUCAAGUGAAGACCAAGUUAGAGAUUUUAUUAAGAGGAUUAGGAGCAUCAGGACUUAAGAAUCAUGCCGCCAAGAAGAAACCCCGUUACGACCCCAGCCGUUGAGGAGUUGGCCCAAACUAUUCAACAAAUGGCACGGCAUAUCGGAGCGGCUCAAACCCAGAACAAUGGGAUUGACUACCCUACAAGGGUAGCCGGGCGUAACCCCCCGAAAUAUCUGGGCGAGGAGGACCAUCUUAUCCUGGAGGACUGGGUUCGUACCUUUGACAAACUCUUUGACUCCCUCAACUGCCCGUGGGAGCAACGAGUAAAUAUUGCGGUGUAUUACCUACACCAAGAAGCUGACCACUGGUGGGCCGCCAAUGGACCAACACUUCUCGAGCAACUGGACUUUUGCUGGGAGGACUUCAAAGUAGCACUACGUGACCGUUUCUACCCCGAUCACGUGAAAGAGGCAAAUUACGACGAAUUCGUCAAUUUCAAGCAAGGUGACCUGACUGUUCAAGAGUACCACACGAAGUUCGUCCAAUUGGCUCGUUUCGCCAAAGACCUGGUGUCAACCGAGGGCAGUAUGACACGCAGAUUUGUUAACGGGCUUAACUACGGUGCCCAAAAGUUUGUGACUGUAGCAGAGCCACGAAAUCUGAACGAAGCAUAUAGGAAGGCUGGUAAGUACUACAUGGUACACCAGAAGGAGAGGGAGGCACAUAAGAGGGAUCGAAAGAACGCUGAGGUGGAGCAGCAGCACAAGAAGGCCAGAACUGACCACCCUGAACCCCGACAAAACAAUCAAGGCGGGAGAAUAUUCCAAGGCCAGGGUCAGGGGAGAAACCAGCCUAACCAGACACGGUAUUACAAGUGCAAACUCUGCCCGAACAACCACCCUGGAGCAGAUUGUGCAGGUAAUCCGGUGAAGUGCUACAACUGCAACCUCAUGGGGCAUAGGGCAUAUGAGUGCCGGAAGGAGAAGAGGCCCCAAACCCAGGGCCAAAACCAAGGGAUGUACAAUCAGGGGAAUGGCCAAGCCGGGGGUGGGGGUAAUCACGUUAACAGUAACCGUGGUAACCCCGACACCCGUCCAACGGAAGGCAACCGUAACCAGGGCCAGCAAGGGCAGAACAAUAACCAAGGCCGAAUCUAUGUCAUGAACCAAGCUCAGGCAAAUGCCAACGACGUGGUGUCAGGAAAAUAUAAGGCGAGGAUUCUUUGUGAUGAACAAAAGGUGGUCUUGAGAGGACCCCACAAGAAGCGUGUAUCCUACAAAAUGGUUACAUCUCAGCCGGGCGUGAAGCUGACAACCAUGCAACAAGUCAAACGAUACGUCCGGAAGGGGUAUGAAGUUUACUUAUGCAUGAUCCAAGACUUAACAUCGGAAGAGCCGACCAUUGACCAAAUCCCUGUGGUCAAUGAAUUUCCGGAUGUAUUUCCGGAAGAAAUUCCAGGGAUGCCGCCGGAGAGGGAAGUCGAGUUUUCAAUUGAUCUGAUGCCAGGCACCGCACCCAUUUCGAAGGCACCAUACCGAAUGGCACCAAAAGAAAUGCAGGAACUGAAGGAACAACUCGAAGAACUGUUGGAGAAGGGCUACAUCAAACCGAGUGUCUCACCUUGGGGCGCUCCGGUCUUGUUUGUAAAGAAGAAGGAUGGAAGCUUGAGACUGUGCAUCGAUUAUAGGGAGUUGAACAAAGCAACCGUCAAAAACAAAUAUAUGUUGCCUCGAAUUGAUGACCUCUUUGAUCAACUGAAGGGGGCUAGCACGUUCUCCAAAGUUGAUCUGAGAUCCGGGUACCAUCAAGUGAGGAUUGCUGAGAAAGACACUUCGAAGACAGCUUUUCGAACGAGGUACGGGCACUACGAGUUCACCGUGAUGCCGUUCGGACUAACAAAUGCGCCUGCGGUAUUUAUGGACCUCAUGAACCGUGUGUUCCGACCCUACCUCGACUUGUUUACUAUUGUAUUCAUCGACGACAUCCUGGUGUACUCUAAGACACCAAAAGAGCACGAAGAACAUUUGAGGAUAGCACUGCAAACUUUGAGAGAGAAUCAGCUAUAUGCCAAACUCUCAAAGUGUGAAUUCUGGAAGGAUCGGGUAGCAUUCUUGGGCCACAUCAUCACCCAAGAAGGUGUAUCCGUUGAUCCAUCAAAGAUCGAAGCAGUGUUAGACUGGCCUACACCCACAACCGUGACGGAGGUCCGGAGCUUUCUAGGCUUGGCAGGCUAUUAUCGCAGAUUCGUGAAGGAUUUCUCAAAGAUAGCAAAACCUUUGACUAACCUCACGAAGAAGACCACGAAAUUCAUAUGGGGUGAGGAAUGCAAGAAGGCUUUCCAGGAGCUUAAGAAAAAAUUAACAACCGCACCUAUUUUAACCCUACCAUCCGGUACUGAGGGGUUCGAGGUUUACACCGAUGCUUGUUUGAAAGGGUUGGGUUGCGUAUUGAUGCAAAACGGUAAAGUGGUGGCCUAUGCAUCAAGACAACUGAAGACCCACGAGGUCAACUACCCGACUCAUGACUUAGAACUGGCAGCGGUUAUCUUCGCCUUAAAGCUAUGGAGGCACUAUCUAUAUGGGGUACAAUGUAAAAUUUACACCGAUCACAAGAGCCUAAAGUACAUCUUCACCCAAAAUGAGCUUAACAUGAGACAAAGACGUUGGCUAGAACUCGUCAAAGACUAUGACUUGGAAAUUCAGUACCAUGAAGGGAAAGCAAACGUAGUUGCCGAUGCGUUGAGCCGAAAAUCAACCCACUCCUGCAGAGCAACAUGGAUCCUCCCUAACGAGCUAUAUCGAGACUUUCAGAAGCUAGACUUGGAAGUGCGGGAUGUCGGAGAGGUAGAUCGGGAAACGCGGUUACUCACCAUGACCGUUACCCCAUCUAUUUUCGAUGAAAUUAGAGCAGGGCAGCCUGGAGAUAUAAAGCUAGACAGAAUCCGAGCAGGUAUGACGAAUGGCGUAAACGGACCAUUUGAACUGCACAAAGAUGGUAGCAUUCGACACAAAGGAAGGUGGUGUGUCCCGAUGAAAUGUGAAGAGAUUAAGAAGAAAAUCAUGGAGGAGGGGCACAACACGCCUUACUCGGUACACCCUGGGGGCGACAAACUCUACAAAGACCUCAAACAGAACUUUUGGUGGCCAAAGAUGAAGAAAGAGGUAGCUGAAUUCGUUGCUCGAUGCUUGAACUGCCAGAAGGUGAAAGCCGAACGCUGCAAGCCCAAGGGACUCGUACAACCUUUGGAGGUGCCAAAUAAGAAAUGGGAUUCUAUCUCCAUGGACUUUGUUGGGGGCUUACCCCUAACCAAGUCUGGCAAAGACAAGGUUUGGGUUAUAGUAGAUCGAUUAACAAAGACCGCUCGCUUUAUCCCGAUGAACGAGACAUGGAGCAUGGAGAAGUUAGCUCGCGCUUACAUCGAGUACGUAGUCAAAUACCAUGGAGUUCCACAAGACAUUGUUUCUGACCGUGACUCUAGAUUCCUAUCUCAAUUUUGGAAGGAAUUGCAAGCUGCUCUGAGGACGAAACUAAAGCUGAGUACAGCCUUUCACCCAACCACUGAUGGACAAACUGAGCGAACAAUCCAAACACUCGAGGACAUGCUGAGAGCAUGUAUGCUAGACCUACAAGGGUCAUGGGAUGAGCACUUAGACUUAAUAGAGUUUUCGUAUAACAAUAGCUACCACGCCAGUAUCAAGAUGGCCCCGUACGAAGCUUUAUAUGGUCAAAAAUGUAGAAGUCCGCUAUGCUGGAGCGACUUGACAGACAAGGUGGUGCUAGGACCCGAGUACCUACAUGACACCAUAGAAAAGGUGAAGCUGAUCCAAGCCAGGAUGAAAUCUGCACAAGAUCGUCAGAAGUCUUAUGCAGACCUGGGGAGAAAGUCAGCCGAAUUCAAAGUGGGAGAAAAAGUCCUACUCAAAGUCUCCCCAACGAAGGGAGUAAUGAGAUUCGGAAAGAAGGGAAAGCUAAGCCCGAGAUUCAUCGGUCCGUAUGAUAUCCUCGAGCGAGUGGGACGAUUAGCAUACCGUUUAGCUUUACCCAUGGAGUUGGCUAAGGUACACAACGUUUUCCAUAUUUCACAAUUGAGGAAGUAUGUCCGCGACGAAUCACAUAUCCUUAACCCUGAGGUGGUCGAAUUGGACGAAACAUUGACUUAUGAGGAAAGGCCCAUCCAGAUCCUUGAUACCAAAACUCGUGAAACUAGGAGAAAGUCGGUUAAAAUGGUAAAGGUAUUGUGGUCUAACCACUUGGCCGAAAACGCCACUUGGGAGUCCGACAACGAUAUGCGCAACCGCUAUCCUGAGCUAUUUGACUAAGAGGAGGUCAAUCCUUCAUCAAUCUCCUCGCCAUAGAUACGCUAGAAAAGAUACAGAGAAAAGAGAGAAAACCAUGAGAAAGAUAGAGUAGCUCGCCAGGGCGCCUUAAUUAACCUCGCUGCCGGAGUAGAAGAGUCUGCAGGGGUGACUACGGAUCUGCGGGUCUACCCUACACUACAUCAACAUAAGAACUAAGGUCUCCUGGAGCGUGAGAAACCGCCGCCGCUGGAUGCAACGGGACGCCGGAAUAAAGGGAGGACCCACCGAAGAAGAAACCCAGAUGUUCGCCGGACUGCAACGGGACUGCCGCCGAUCGUCAGGACCGCCGCCGCCUGUCUUUGAAGCCGCUGCCGGGGUCGCCAGUUAAAGAAGCUUUCAGCCCGUCACCACUCCGACUUCAAGUCACUGCAGAGGAAGCAAGGAGAAUUCAAGUGAAGACCAAGUUAGAGAUUUUAUUAAGAGGAUUAGGAGCAUCAGGACUUAAGAAUCAUGCCGCCAAGAAGAAACCCCGUUACGACCCCAGCCGUUGAGGAGUUGGCCCAAACUAUUCAACAAAUGGCACGGCAUAUCGGAGCGGCUCAAACCCAGAACAAUGGGAUUGACUACCCUACAAGGGUAGCCGGGCGUAACCCCCCGAAAUAUCUGGGCGAGGAGGACCAUCUUAUCCUGGAGGACUGGGUUCGUACCUUUGACAAACUCUUUGACUCCCUCAACUGCCCGUGGGAGCAACGAGUAAAUAUUGCGGUGUAUUACCUACACCAAGAAGCUGACCACUGGUGGGCCGCCAAUGGACCAACACUUCUCGAGCAACUGGACUUUUGCUGGGAGGACUUCAAAGUAGCACUACGUGACCGUUUCUACCCCGAUCACGUGAAAGAGGCAAAUUACGACGAAUUCGUCAAUUUCAAGCAAGGUGACCUGACUGUUCAAGAGUACCACACGAAGUUCGUCCAAUUGGCUCGUUUCGCCAAAGACCUGGUGUCAACCGAGGGCAGUAUGACACGCAGAUUUGUUAACGGGCUUAACUACGGUGCCCAAAAGUUUGUGACUGUAGCAGAGCCACGAAAUCUGAACGAAGCAUAUAGGAAGGCUGGUAAGUACUACAUGGUACACCAGAAGGAGAGGGAGGCACAUAAGAGGGAUCGAAAGAACGCUGAGGUGGAGCAGCAGCACAAGAAGGCCAGAACUGACCACCCUGAACCCCGACAAAACAAUCAAGGCGGGAGAAUAUUCCAAGGCCAGGGUCAGGGGAGAAACCAGCCUAACCAGACACGGUAUUACAAGUGCAAACUCUGCCCGAACAACCACCCUGGAGCAGAUUGUGCAGGUAAUCCGGUGAAGUGCUACAACUGCAACCUCAUGGGGCAUAGGGCAUAUGAGUGCCGGAAGGAGAAGAGGCCCCAAACCCAGGGCCAAAACCAAGGGAUGUACAAUCAGGGGAAUGGCCAAGCCGGGGGUGGGGGUAAUCACGUUAACAGUAACCGUGGUAACCCCGACACCCGUCCAACGGAAGGCAACCGUAACCAGGGCCAGCAAGGGCAGAACAAUAACCAAGGCCGAAUCUAUGUCAUGAACCAAGCUCAGGCAAAUGCCAACGACGUGGUGUCAGGUACAUUCCUUGUAAAUUCCACACCUGUUCAUGUACUAUUUGAUUCGGGUGCAUCUCACAGUUUUAUAUCCUCAAAACUUGUGGAAAAGUUAAAGUUAGAACCUACCGCUACACUCAAUCUUAAUGUAAAAACAGCAUCUAAUAAAGUUGUAGCUUGCGGGAGUGUUUUCUCCAAUGUUUCUAUAGUCAUAUCUGAUACCGAACUACCCGGAGAUCUAAUCCAAUUUGACUUGGAGGAUAUUGACGUGGUGUUGGGAAUGGACUGGCUAGGAAAAUAUAAGGCGAGGAUUCUUUGUGAUGAACAAAAGGUGGUCUUGAGAGGACCCCACAAGAAGCGUGUAUCCUACAAAAUGGUUACAUCUCAGCCGGGCGUGAAGCUGACAACCAUGCAACAAGUCAAACGAUACGUCCGGAAGGGGUAUGAAGUUUACUUAUGCAUGAUCCAAGACUUAACAUCGGAAGAGCCGACCAUUGACCAAAUCCCUGUGGUCAAUGAAUUUCCGGAUGUAUUUCCGGAAGAAAUUCCAGGGAUGCCGCCGGAGAGGGAAGUCGAGUUUUCAAUUGAUCUGAUGCCAGGCACCGCACCCAUUUCGAAGGCACCAUACCGAAUGGCACCAAAAGAAAUGCAGGAACUGAUGCCAGGCACCGCACCCAUUCCUUUCCACCUUAGAGUCAAUUUGAGUGAAAAAUGAUAUCAUACUGAAAGAAGGAAGCAGAAUCUCAAAGUGGUCCAGGAGGAAAAGUUGAAGAGCACAAAAUACAGAACAAGACAGACAAAAAACCUCACAGGCGCCCAAAUAGGCGCCCAGAUUGGCCGCCUACCAGGCCGCCUACGCUAUUUUUGGAAAGUCAGCAUUUUGGAAUUUUGAUCGGACCGGAGAAGACCGAAGGCUGCCGACACUAGACGGAAGGCGGCCACCUUCGGUGACCGCCUGCGGCACAAGGCGACAAACCAACCACCGGCUGGUGGGAUUUGACAGAAGGCGGCCAGACAGGAACGGCAGGUGGCCGCCUUCUGGACCGCCUGCGGCGGAUGACAAGACCGGCGCGUCACGCCCUGUCGGUGACGUGACGGACGGUGGCCGGAUCCAGACGGACGGCGGCUGCCUGGUUGGCCGCCUACGGUAUUUUUGCUGCUAUAAAUAGCCCGAUUUUUUCUGAACUCAAACACACCUCUUCCAACCCUAAUUUAGUUCAAAAAGUUCCAGUUCUUCAGCCAUUUCCGAGCUCCAAGCUAUUUUUUGGAGAGAGAAACUUCAAAUCUCCAUAUCUUCUUCAUUUUAGCUUCAACUUGUAAGUUCUUUAUAUGUAUUUUCAUCUUCUCAACGAGUAGAAUCUGAAUCUGUGCUUUGUUUUCUCGAUCUGUUCUUUGAAUUUUUCCAGAAUAUUUAUCUAGUAUUUCGCAUUUUCUUCCAUAAAUUAAAUAAAAUAGUUGUUGAUGUUGAAUUCAUUCCAAUUAAUUAUAUAGUUGUUCACUAGCCUCAAGGUUGUUAUUUAUCUGAAGAAAGUUAAUUUUCACGAAGUGAAAGUAAUUUUUAAUUAAUUUCGGUAAUUAGUUGUUAUUAUUGCAUAAAUUAAAUUAAUUACAAAAAAAUAGAAAAAAAUAGUAUCGGCCCUAAUUCCAGUUUAUUUCACUGUAAUAUCACCCCAGUAGUCAAUAGAAAAUUUAGAACGAAUUUAGCCUAUUUUUAAUUGCCUUUUGUAUUUUAUAGUUAAAAGUGGGAAAUUUAUCAAUUAAUUGUUAAAAUUGGAUUUUAGGUUUGAAAAUUCGUGAAAAAAUCCAGAAAGUCAUAUUGUAGUUCCAGAGAGUUUAUUUUGACAAUAUCUUAUUUUUGUUUAAUUUUUGCUAUUAUACAUGUUUAAUUCCUUGUUAAUGUUUAUUUAUUUACCAUAUUGUUGAAUGCAAAAAAAAUGUUUAGUAGCUAAAUUUGUUUUGGGCAUGAAUUGAGUAAAGGAAUAUGGAUUGACUUGUUAGCCGAAAAUUAGGGGUUAAAUUAAUUAAUUGAUCUAGUUAUUCAAUUUGAUGAAUUAGUAAUUAAUAAUUGUUAGCCUAAUUUCAUUAAUUAAAUUUUGGAAAAUUAUUUCUAACUUGUCUAUGAGAUUAGAAAGUAAUUUGAGCCAACUUUAUUCAAGCACAUUAAUAAGUUCUAGAAAUAGGAUAAUUUUAAUGAAAUGGAUUUACAUCUUGUCUAUGAGAAAUAAAUUCAAUUUGCUUAAAUAAUGAAUUUAAUUAGUUAAUGAAUUUGGCUAUUUUUAUUAAUUAAAAUUUUGGAGAAUUAUUUCUGCCUUGUCUAUGAGAUUAGAAUUUAAUUCAAACCAACCAUUUUUGAAUACAUUAAUGAAACCUAGAAAUAGGAUAAAUUAAUGAAAGUAAUUUCUAUUCUUGUCUAUGAGAAAAGAAAUUAUUAGUCCAAUUUUAGUUUUAAAUUCCCCUAAUUACUAGGUCCAAGAAUAUAUCCAUUUCCAAUUACUCAAUUCAUUGUCCUUACUUGCCUCAAUCUUUUCAUUAAUCUUUAGAAUAUUUGAUCUUAAAUCUUUAGUUGAAAUUUGCUCCUAGUAUAAUUGUGCAAAUUGACCUAGUCUAGAACACAAUCACCUUUUUGUAUUGAAAAAGCUUCCAACAAUUAGCGAUAGUCCGUGACUAAGACUAAAUUAAGAAAACUCCUCCGCCAUUCCUCAAGAGACACGAUACUCGGGGAAAAACCGAAUUUACUACAACGCCGCGUAAGCGGUUAUCAAAUGGCGCCGUUGCCGGGGAAUGACACGGUAAUUUCUUAAUCUAGUUCUAGCAUAGGUGAAUUCUAGUUAGGGAAACUUUUUCGCACUUGCAACAUUUGUAUAAAGAUUUCAGGAUAAAUGAAUGCACACCCGCUCUAAAGGAGUGGAAGGGCUACUUGAACUUAAUCCUGAACCUGAACGAACUUUGUGGAAAAAUCUUUUGAUCCACAAGAAACCAAUCAUGACGGACCAAAAGACGGUGUUGCAAAACCUCACGCUAAGCUUCAUCGAGGAUGAUAGCUUAAGCGCACCAACAAUAGAGGCGGCCAACUUCGAGAUAAAACCCGCCAUUAUCAACAUGAUGUCUAAUCAGCAAUUUGGCGGGUCCAAACAAGACGAUCCCAGGACCCACAUGUUGUGGUUCACCAGAGCGUGCCAAAUAUUCCGCUUCAACGGAGUGACUCCCGACGCCGUAAAAUUGACCCUAUUUCCUUUCUCACUUCGAGAUAGGGCAUCUCUGUGGUUGGAUAGCUUUCCAACAGGACAUUUCACGAUAUGGGCAGCACUACACCAGGCGUUCAUGCAAGAGUACUUUCCUCCGUCGGCGGUUGCUAAAAUCAAAACAACAAUCCAAAAUUUUAGGCAAUUCCCGACGGAAUCAUUAAAUGAAGCAUGGGAGUGCUUCAAGGAUAUGAGAAACAAGUGUCCACUCACACUGAUGGACCCUAGCAGCUUGAUGUUCCAUUUCUAUAAUGGGCUUCAAGUUGGAAGCGAAAAAGAGCUUGAUUUCUCUUCGCAGGUGGGGUCGUUCCUUGAGAUGGAACCCGACGCCAAUGAAGCUCUGGUGGAGAAGGUCACUUCCAACGCAAGAUACUGAUAGGACAUCUCUAUGGUUGGAUAGCUUUCCAACAGGACAUUUCACGACAUGGGCAGCACUACACCAGGCGUUCAUGCAAGAGUACUUUCCUCCGUCGGUGGUUGCUAAAAUCAAAACAGCAAUCCAAAUCUUUAGGCAAUUCCUGACGGAAUCAUUAAAUGAAGCAUGAGAGCGCUUCAAGGAUAUGAGAAACAAGUGUCCACUCACAUUGAUGGACCCUAGCAGCUUGAUGUUCCAUUUCUAUAAUGGGCUUCAAGUCGGAAGCAAAAAAGAGUUUGAUUUCUCUUCGCAGGUGGGGUCGUUCCUUGACAUGGCACCCGACGCCAAUGAAGCUCUGGUGGAGAACGUCACUUCCAACGCAAGAUACUGGUACGAUGAAAGAACUCCCGUGGCCACAAAUAAGGCUAUCUUGAAGUGGACCAACUCAUGGCCUUAACCGCAAAGAUUGAAGGGUUGGUGGUGGAAGUGAAAAAUCUGAAAGGCUAAAACAAUCACACCAAGCAGGUCAACCACGUUGGCGCUGCCCCGAAUCAACAACCAUCCCGAUACUUUGGGAACUCAAACUCUACCCCACACUCAUCACAAUUUAAUGUUUAUUCACCUGUUUCUAACUCUACUGAACUUGUACUCUCCUGUGAGAUAUGUUUUGGUCCGCAUUUGACCAAUUCAUGUCAAUUAGUUGAUGAUUGUAAUGCAAGUAACAACAGGGAGAUAAACAUACUGGAAUAUGGCCGAACAAAACAAGAAGGGAACUAGUAAAAAAAUGGCUUAUAGUGACAUUUAAUUAGUGUCACUAAACAAUUUAGUGACACUCUGAAAGUGUCACAGAAAAGUGGGGCUAGUGACGCUAAAUUUUGUGUCACCGUUAACAAGUCACUUUGGUGUCACAAAAUUAUGACAUAUAAACAUCAUAGAGAUCUGUGAUAUAUACGUAACAAGGAUUUUUUUGAUACCUUGGCAUCAUGCUUUUUAGUGAUAUACCGACAUCAACAAAUAUAAUGAUACUAAUACACAUUCAAAUUUUGUGAUGGUUUGGUGUCACUAACCCCACUUUUCUGUGACACUUUCAGAGUGUCAUUAAAUCAUUUAGCGACACUAAUUAUAAGUGUCAUUAUAUCUUGCGUUCAUGAUAGAUUAGUUUCAUUACUUUAUAGUU